CUAGAGAGAUCAAGGAGUGAAGUAAUGAGUGCUCUGAUUAGAUGUCUCUACUUGGACUGGGCAGUCGGUACUAAAGUUCGGGUGGGUGAGAGCUGUGUGGGCUGCUCUCCUUAAUACCUUUGCUAGGCUUCUCCUGUUUUCCUUCUGUCAGGAGAAACCAGGUUUUGGUGGAAGGGCAUGGAAUAUUUCCAGGGAACAGAUGCAAGGGCUAAUAGCAUGGAGCUUGUUUGUUGCUUUAUUGCUUCUGCUUGGAUUAUAGGUUAAUGAUUACCCCUAGGUGCCCAGUUAGCUCUGUUUAUUUAAAAAUUAGCAGUAUUCAGGACCUGGGGAGUGCUGAGGCUGUCUCCAGUCAAGUGGGCUUGGAAGAUACUUGGGCCGUUGCAGUACUGGGCAUGAUACAUCGCUGUUUCAGGGAUGGAUCUGGGUCUCUGCAGUGUGGAGCCAGAGCAUGAAUUGUCCCCUCGUGUCGCUGUUUCUACUGUCCGAUCCUCACUGAGGAAGCAGAGGGGGCAGCAUGUGAUGAGACGGAGGAAGAUCAGCCAUGCGAGAGUGAAAGGAAAAGGUCAGCUGAAGCUGUCCAUCGAUGUGCAGGGCAGGUGUCUCAUGCUGCACAUUAUGGAAGCAAAAGGCCUGAUGGGCAAAGAGUACCGGACGUGUGAUUCUUAUGUGAAGAUGUCUAUAGUACCGGACACUGAUCGGAAAUGCAGGCAAAAGACCAAGACUGUGCUGGACAGCAAAAAUCCCGUCUUCCACGAGCACUUUCUCUUCCCAGUUCAAGAGGAAGAUGAACAAAAGCGUCUUCUGGUUACAGUCUGGAACCGCGAGAGGAAUUCCAGACAGAGUGAACUGAUUGGCUGCAUGAGCUUUGGAGUGAAGUCUCUCUUGACCCCAGACAAGGAGAUCAGCGGCUGGUACUACCUCCUUGGUGAGGACCUGGGCAGGACUAAGCACCUGAAGGUGGCCAUGCGGCGUCUGAAGCAGAGCAGAGAGCUGCUGCUGGCAAGCCAGAGAGCUGUGUUGCAGAACCAGGACACUGAGAACAUGGAGCACCUCAAGAUUACAAUCCCUCGAGGAAGGGAUGGGUUUGGCUUCACAAUCUGCUGCGACUCUCCUGUCCGUGUGCAGGCUGUGGACUCUGGUGGUCCAGCAGAAAAGGCUGGUCUGCAGCAGCUGGACACGGUGCUGCAGCUGAAUGAGCAGCCUGUUGAGCACUGGAAAUGUGUGGAUCUGGCUCAUGAAAUCCGGAAUUGUCCCAAUGAAAUCAACCUGCUGGUUUGGAGGAUCGUCCCUCAAAUCAAGCCCGGCUACGAAGGCAUGAUUCGGAGGUCUUCCUGCAAGUCCACCUAUGACCUCCAGUCACCGCCCAACAAGCGAGAGAAGAACAGCACCAUGCCGUCUCGCCCCGAGCAGCGCCAAAGCUGCCACAUACUGUAUGAUGGCAGUGAUGGGCUUGUGCUAAACAACUGGGAGAGGUACACUGAGAUUGGGAAGCGGAGCCAGCACACCAUGCCACCCCUGUCACGAGCAUCCUCUACUGGGGACAAGAACUACAUCAUUUUAGCACCUCUCAAUCCAGGGAGUCAGCUGCUGAGACCUGUUUAUCAGGAGAACAAUGCUUCUGUGGGAAAUGCAAGUAAAGGCAAAUCCCAUACAGGAUCUGGGCGGAAAUCCAGGCUGAUGAAGACAGUGCAGAAUAUGAAGAACCAUGGGAACUACCAGAACUGCACCAUUGUGAGGCCUCAUAUCCCACACUCCAGUUAUGGCACCUAUGUGACACUGGCUCCCAAAGUGCUAGUGUUCCCUGUCUUUGUGCAGCCUCUUGAUCUUUGCAACCCAGCACGGACUCUUCUUUUGUCAGAGGAGUUGCUGCUUCAUGAGGGCAGAAGCAAAACUAUAAAGGUGACCCUUUUCAUCUACUCAGACUUGCUGCUUUUCACUAAGGAGGAUGAGCCAGGGCGCUGCAACGUGCUGAGGAAUCCUCUCUAUCUGCAGAGUGUAAAGCUCCAGGAAGGUGCUCUGGAAGAUCUGAAAUUCUGCAUCCUCUACCUUGCAGAGAAGUCGGAGUGCUUAUUAAGUUUGGAGGCUUACUCCCAGGAGCAGAAGAAGAGAAUCUGCUGGUGUCUGGCUGAGAACAUCACCAAGCAGCAGCAUCCAGCAACAACUUCUGCUGAGAGCAAGAUGCUUGAGACUGAAUCUGAGAAGCCAAGGGAAAUGCCUUCUGAGGAGAAUGUGGCAGCUGGCAGUGCCCCUCCAGCCACACAGGGCCCUGGUGGUGGAGUGUCCAAGGAUGCUGUCCCAGCUGUCUCGAGUGCCUCUUGGGAGAACACAGCAGCAACUCCAGCUGAGAGUGUGAGGGAGCGGCACAGCUCCGGCCCAGCCUUUGUGAUUCCAGAGCUGCGCCUGGAUAGCACUUUCAGCCAAAGCGUGGAGGGUGCUGAGGACAGCACGGUUGAUAGGGAGGUGGAUGAGGACGAGGAUGAGGAGGACGAGGAGGAUGAAGAAGAGGAUGAGGAGGAGGAGGACGAGGAGGAUGACAGCGAUGAGCAUUACCUGGACAGAAAUGAGGGCAAGCGCAGCAGCAUGAUUGCGACGCCAGGCUGUGAGCCGGUCUACACCCUGAGUGUGCAGAGCUCCCUGCGGCGCCGCACGCACAGUGAGGGCAGCCUGUUGCAGGAGGCCAAGAGCCACUGCUUCACUUCUGACACCACCCUCAACUGCAUGGACAGCCAGAGCCCCAAGACCCACUGGGCCCUGCCUUCUCCCAGGACCCUUAAGAAGGAGCUCACCAGGAAUGGGGGCUCCAUCCACCAGCUCACCCUUCUCUUCUCUGGGAACAGAAAGCUGAGCAGAGCGGACCCUGAAUGUGGCUAUGAGGAUGGGGACGAGGCCUCUCGCAAGAAAAGGAGCAAAAACCUGGCCAAAGACAUGAAGAACCGACUGGGGAUAUUUCGACGACGAAACGAGUCUCCAGGGGCCAACCCUGCCAGCAAGCUGGACAAAGUGCUGAAAUCCCUCAAACCAACUCCAGAGGAAGCUCUUAAGUGGGGGGAGUCUUUGGAGAAAUUGCUGCUUCACAAAUGUAAGUGUUGGCUGGUCGCAGCCUCUCCACUCUCCCCAGAUGGGACAGUGGGUUGGGGGGUUAAAGCCAGGGACUCCAGUAGGAGGUGGAUGGCCUGUGGUCCAGACCUGUCUACUAAUAAGGGAUCUAGGUGGAUAAUGUGCAAUUCUGCAUGGGCAGAGCAAUGUUGUUUGUCUCCUCUUGAGUCAGUUGGCUCUGGUCUUCCUAUUCAGGUGUUUAAUUCACUCUGAGCGAUUCCCCAUACCCAGUUUUUAGUGUUGUGCUAAGGUGCUCUGGUCCCUGUGGGGAGAGGAAGGGGCAGAGCCUGGCCCUAUGGAGCUCUCUGUUCUUGGGGCACAGAUUUUCACUCCUGGUUUAACUGUUUGGGCAACUUGGCUCUUGCUGUUUUAGAAAAACAGCCGUGUUAGAAAUUCCACCUUGGCCACGGCCUGUUUGCAUUCUGGCUCACACUGUGCUUUCAUCUGUGGUUGCUAGACAGCACCAUCAGUUAGAGCAGUGUUUCCCAGCCAGGUGUACAUGUACCCCUGGGAAUAGGUGCCAAACUGCUUGAGAACAUGAGAGGGGAAGGAAUGGGGAAGUACAAGAAUGGAAAGAAGAAAUAUAAGUGAAGGGAAAAGAAGAAAAAGGAGAAAGGAAGACCACUCCCUCAGCAUCUCUGAGUUGUUACACUGAGUUCCUUUUCUCUUCUCCCCACCACAGAAUCCUUUUUGCCAUAUAACAAGCUUAGUAAGGAGAAUAUGACCCAAACAUGCUUGAGAACCACUGAGUUAGAGGAGGAAUGGAGUUACUCUGCAGCUAGGCUCAAGCACUGAGUUGAAGGGGCCAGAGUCUGGUUUCAUCUCUGGUGCUGAUGCAAUGUGUCCCUUCCUCUCUCUCUGCCUCAGUUUCACCUCUGUAGGAGGCAGACGAUGAUAUUUUCCAAUCUCAUUGGAGUGCCACUGGGGUAGGCUAGAAUGUUUGUAAACUGCUUUAGGAGCCUCUGAUGGCAGGUGCGGUAGGAAUGCAAACUGGGGCUGUGUCCUGCCCUAAAGGCUUCCACAGCUGCAGAACCAUUGUGGCAUUGUGCCCCAGAGGUAGUGUCAUUGAAACAUGCACGCCUGCACACUGCCCACCCCUGUGCACAGUACUGUGUUGGGGGCAUGCUCCCCUGGAUAAGGCAGGGGGUAAGAUAAGGGCUCCCAUUUCUCUGUAGUCUUUAGAACUCCGCAGUCUCCAAAGCCAAGUCUCAGGUUCUUGACCCCUGCUUGGGUCCAGGCUGGUCAGCCUGCACGUGGUCAACAUUGCUGGACUUGGUCUGGCACUAAUCAGAGCAUUGCCCAGACCCAGUUUCUUCUCUGUGGGGCCCAACAGAGCCUCAGUACAGAGUUCUCCCCUCUUCAAGAUGCCCAGUGACACUUGUGAACAGAGGUCUGCAGUGACUCCCUGCACUGGGUCAUCAGGAAUCUUCCCUUCCCCUGCUUGCCCCUGGGGGAUAGAAUAUCUUUAAACUGUGAGUCCUAGCUCUGCCAGUGAUUCUGUGCCUUCCCUCAGUGUCCUGACUGCAAGAGCAAUACUAGACCAGAACUAGAAUUAGUUCUAGACCUAGGCUGAGCGAGGACCUCCAGGACUGAGGACUGGGAAGAUGUCAACAGAAUCACAGAGCUCAGGUCAUGAAAUACAGGGACUUACCUACAUUAAGAGAAGACACACUCUUUGAAAGUGUGGUAGCUGAACCCUGUUCAAAUUCUUGUGUAGACAAAGCAGUUGGAGGUUUGGGCUGUGUGAGCAAGUCAAGACAAGUGCUUGUAGCAAGCCUAAGAUUUGCCAUGGCCAACCACCAUGAAUGAGGAGGACAACGUCCCUUGUCCAAACCAGGAAUUUUGCCUGGGUUAGUGAACCUUUUUAAAAGCUGCCCCUUUUCUUCUGGGGGGGAGCAGAGCCUAGCCCACAGACCUGGGUUAUUUGCACACCAAAACAUGGAGGAGCAAGGUCAAUAGCAGGGCAAAGCAUCAGGGAAGCACCAGUGUAAGCUUAGGCCUUGGUAGGAGCACUACAGAAGGGGAAUUAUUUAGAAGAAGGCAGGGGAGCUUUAAGGAGGCCACCAUCUGCUUUAAGGGAAUGUCUGUUUUAGGCAUCAGCAGCUGUG